AUGGAUCCGAUUCAAAAAGCGAUUGAAGAAAUCGAAUCGCGCGCAUUAGGCGCACCAUUCUCGUACUCAGAAGUCGCAAAAAGACAUGGUGUAGGUCGCCGUACGCUAGCUCGAAGACACCAGGGCCAAAACCAGCCGCAUACGCUCGCCCAUAGAAUCCUUCACCCACACCAAGAAACCGAGCUGUUAAAGCAUAUUACGACGCUUACUGAGCGACGUACGCCCCCUAAACGAGCAAUAAUACGCUCCCUUGCGUCGUCUUUGGCUGGUAGGGAGGUUUCAGAAAGCUGGGUUACUCGCUUCAUCAACAGAAACCCAACCCAUCUCAUCUCACGCUGGCAGACCGGGAUAGACCGCAAUCGCCACAAGGCUGAUUCAGGAGCUAAGUAA